AUGUUAGCGUGGCUUGCAAAUCUGAUUUUGAAGUGCUGGAAGUGUAUCAGGAAGUUUGCUGUCAGGGGCAAUAAUGAUGCUCUGCUGUGGUGCAGGGACCUUGUGCAGCAUUCAUGUGGUGAAUUCUCCUUCGCCGUGGUUCAGGCCAAUUUUGUUGUUGAGGAUAAUAGCCAGGUUGAGACUGGUUCUGAUGCCAUCUUUGUUGGAAUAUAUGAUGGCCAUGGUGGUGUUGAUGCUUCCCGUUACGUCAGGGACAACCUCUUCAGGCAUUUUAUUGGUAAUGCUCAGGAGAGACGUACUAUAUCUGAAGAAAGUCUAAGGGAUGCUAUUGCUGCUACCGAGGAAGGGUUUCUGGCUGAUGUUGCAAGAACUUUUUCAAGUAGGCCAUUGAUAGCAUCAAUGGGUUCUUGUUGUCUGACUGGUGUUAUCUGGAAAGGGAUACUACAUCUUGCCAAUCUUGGAGACUCACGUGCUGUAAUUGGUUCUGUUGGUGAAUCUAACCAUAUCAUUGCUGAGCAGUUGACCGUUGAACACAAUGCUAGUAGAGAAGAGAUUAGACAAGAAUUGAUGUCUUUACAUCCAGAAGAUCCAGAAAUUGUGACUUUUAGUCGUGGAUCAUGGCGAAUUAAAGGCAUCAUUCAGGUAUCAAGGACUAUAGGAGAUGCAUAUUUGAAGCGACCAGAGUUUGCUCUUGGUCCAGAUCACCCACGGUUCCACUUGCGUGAACCUAUUACUCGACCUGUGCUAACAGCAGAACCAUUUCUGCUUUCAAGAACUUUACAACCCAAUGAUAGAUUCCUUAUAUUUGCAUCUGAUGGACUUUGGGAACUCCUCACUAAUCAGGAAGCAGUUGAUAUUGUUUCUGUAAACCAACGAAAUGGGAUUGCAAAAAAACUUAUUAAGGCUGCUCAAAAGGUGGCAGCUACAAAAAUGAGAGUUGAAUAUAAAAGCCUUCAGAAGAUUCGUAGUGGGGCAAGGCGGGAUUAUCAUGAUGAUAUCACUGUGAUUGUUGUCUUCAUAGACCAUGAGUUGUUUGAGAACACAGUUACUGUUCCAGAGUUAUCAUUCGUUGGUUUCAUUGAUUCGGCUGGACCAUCAGCUUUUCAAAUUGAACAGGCAACUAGGUGA